UAUAUAGUAAUUGAAGAAAUAACAUUCGAAACAGAAGAGAAAGGAAAGAUUGAAGGGAUACGAAGUUAUGGGAGCUGAUAAGAAUGUUUUGAAAACAUAUGGUGAAGUUUCUUUGCAUAAUUGUCCAGAUGAUUGUUGGAUAAUUAUCAAUGCUAAGGCAUAUAAUGUGACGAACUUCCUAAAUGAUCAUCCUGGUGGUGAUGAAGUUUUGUUGGCAGCAGCAGGCAAGGAUGCAAGUGAAGAGUUUGAAGAAGCAGGACAUGGCAGUGCAGCAAGAUUAAUGUUAGAUGAAUUCUAUGUAGGAGAAAUUGAUCCUUCUACAAAAACUACUGUUUCUACAACCACAAUUUCAUCAACAUAUUUGCUUCCAAAACUACCUAAAAUUAAUCGGCAAGGCAAGUCAUCUAGGCCAAAUAUUGUAAAGCUUCUUCAGUUUUUGGUGCCCAUUGUAAUCUUGGGGUUGGGCAGUACUCUACUUAGGUUUUGGUAUUGAUCAAGAAAGAAUGAAACUUAAGUAAAUUUGGCUUUUCACUUCAGAUUUGUAUCAUUUCAUGUGCAAUUACACUCUUGUUCUACAUAAUUAGAAAGAGGAAUUAUAAUUUAUGAAAACUUCUAAGCUGUUUAAUA